AUGGCGGCGGCGCUGAGGGCGGCCAAGCAGCAGCUGCGGGCGGAGCUGCGACAGCGCCUGCGGGCGCUCGGCGCGGCCGAGAAGCAGCGCCAGUCCCGCCUGCUCGGGCGCAAGGUGAUUGACCAUCCCAAAUACCAAGAAUCCAAAAGAAUUGCAAUCUUCCUGAGCAUGCCAGAUGAAGUCCAGACAGAAGAAAUCAUUAAGGACAUUUUUAAGCAAGGCAAAGAGUGUUUCAUCCCCCGUUACAAACCUCAGAGCAAUCACAUGGACAUGCUGAAGUUAUCAUCAGCUGAAGACAUUUCUUCACUUGCUUUGACAUCCUGGAAUAUUCUUCAGCCCAGUGAUGAUGACACUGCAAGAGAGGAAGCUCUUGCUGGUGGAGGUCUUGACCUUAUCUUCAUGCCAGGCCUUGGGUUUGACAAAAAAGGCAACAGAUUGGGAAGAGGGAAAGGAUAUUAUGAUACCUAUCUUGAAAGAUGUAUGAAACAUCCCCGUGGAAAGCCUUACACGAUUGCUUUGGCUUUUAGAGAACAGAUUUGUGAAUCAGUGCCUGUGACAGAAAAUGAUGUUCCAAUAGAUGAAAUCCUUUAUGAAGACUGCUGAAAGUGUUUUGAUACCAACCACCUCCAGAGCAAGCAACCAAAGGUGUCAUAUCCAUCAAUCAUGUUUUUUUUCUAAUUGUCAUGUAUUACUUUGGGACCAAUAAAAUCUACUGUUUGUGUUUGGGGACAAAAACCUCAGAAAGAGUGUAACUGUGGUAAUAGUAGUGAGGAUUGUGUUGAUUUGCUUCUAAUUAGCAAAUGUCUGGUGUGAAUUCUUAUUCUAGAAUUAAUACACACAAGAAUGAAUGUUUAUUACAGCAAGGACCAUUUUUUAUCAUAAUAUUUUUGAGGUACAGACUUCUUGAUACUUAACAGUUUUAUUAUUCUGGUUUAAAAGUGAACUGUCUAGUAAUGACAGUUCUUGAUCUAUUCUGGAAUUAGAUACUCGCAAUGGUAAAAGUCCUUAGUACUUAAAUAUUGUGUGCACCCACGAGCAAAAUAAGAAACUGGUGGAGAUACCGUAGAGGAAACUGGGCAAAAAUGGUGAUGGGAAAAAAAGCCUUAAUUAAUUUUAGUGUAUGCAAUAAUUUUGACUGUUUACUUGGCUCCUUGCAGUUGACUUAAAAUAAAGGGAGUACCUGUUAAUAAAAAAGGGUUGAUGUCCAUAACUUUGGUAUGUUCUUUCCUUUAUCUGAAUACAAGAUUUUAAUGUGGUCAAGGAAUUCUCUAUCUGGAGACAGCUUUUUUUUGGGUAAAAUAGUAUUCAAAAUUACUGUAAGUUUCCUAAUUCUGUACAUAAACUAUUUGUAAUGUCCCAAAAUACUGUGUGGCACUAGAUGCUGAGAAUUGCAGAGAAAAGGUUUUAUGGAUGAAAUAAAUUUUUGGGUGGAAGAUUGGUUGUUCUCUGCUUCUCCAAACAAUCAUGGAAAUCCAGAAGAAGAUAGUGAGUUUCCUCUGCACUGUCCUUGUAGUAUAAGAACACAAUAUUUCCAAUGGGAUCAAUCAAACUGUCAGAAUUUUGUGUUCCUUCUUCAAUGCAACUUCACCUUUUCUAUGCGUUCUUAACUCUUCCCUCAAUCAAUAAAUCAGUGUGUUUAUUUUCA